UCCGAAUGAUUCGAUACAAUUUUACACGUGAUACAUCAUGAGCCAAUUUACACAUUCAAUAAAAGUGCCAACCCAAUAUAAAGCAACAGCUAAAAUAUUGAAAGCGGCCAUCGAAAAACAAAAAUCCAUAAAAUCCCUAAUAUUUGAGGAAAAGCAUGCGCGUGUUCGCAGCUUGCAAGCGGUGCUGAAACAUUACAGCGACAACAGAGGUGCUGUGGACAACGCCAUCGAGGAGACGGGCCUGCUGAAAGACAAUCCCAAUUUGGACUCGGCACUGGCAAAAGUGCUUGUCACAGAACUGAUUUUUGGACGCGGACAACUUAACGGGGAUAGCAAACCAGUGCAAACGGUGCGAACGUACAAGGAGCGAUUGCAGCAGGCAAUAGGCGGUUCAGACAUCCAAAAGAAAGAGCCCAAUCCACGCUAUGUGCGCAUCAAUACAAAUCUGCUCAGCAUUGAAGAUGCCCUGGACUAUUUGUAUGGCGAGGAGUGGCGACGCAAGCAGCUGCCAGCAGACGCCACAUACCCUGACUUUCUCAACGCCAUACGCGCCCUGGAGGAGGAUGAGUUCCUGAUGGACAUGCAUGUGGAGGGUGUGCUGAUAUUCCAUCACAAGUGGAGUCACUACUGGGCAUCCCACGAUUUUGUCCACAGCAAAAAGUUCAUAUUGCAAAACAAGGCCACCUGCCUGGCUGCUGAGAUGUUGGCACCGCCUGCUGGAGCAACUGUGCUGGACAUGUGCGCCGCUCCCGGCAUGAAAACGUUGCAUAUGUGCAAUGUUAUGCAGAACAAGGGUCGUAUCUACGCCGUCGAGCAGUCCAAGGAGCGCUACAUGGCCCUGUGCAACAUUACCAACGAGGCUGGCUGUCAGAUAGUUACGCCCAUUCUGGGCGAUGCUCUCACCAUGAAUGCAGAGAAAUGUCCGGAUGUCGAAUAUAUAUUGGUGGAUCCCAGUUGCUCCGGCAACGGAAUGCAAAGUCGCAUCAGCGUCUGCGAUGAGCAAAAGGAUGACAAGCGUCUAUAUAAACUGGCUGGGCUACAGAUCAAGAUUCUGUCGCAUGCCAUGAGCGCUUUUCCCGAUGUCAAACGCAUUGUCUACUGCACCUGCUCGCUGUGGAAGGAGGAGAAUGAGCAAGUGGUCCAGCGAUGCCUGCAGCUGAAUCCAUCAUUCAAGCUGCUCAGUUGCAAGAAGGCACUGCGUAACAAGUGGCAGAAUGUCGGCGACAAGGAGUACGUUCAAAUUGGCAAAAACGUUUUGUACUGUCUCCCGGAUGAGGAUCUUACUGAUGGCAUAUUUUUGGCGCUGUUCGAGAAACGUCCGGAGAACGAUGCUGAUUAAUGGUAGCAGAGUAUCAGAAAUAAGCCGCACUUUAGGUUAACUAAAUAGUUUAUUCGAUUUAGCCAGUAUAUUCAACUUUGGCUUACAUAGUUUAUAUACUUAAUUCGAUCAUUUGAAAUAUUCUUUGCAUUUUUAUAAAAAAAAAAAUAUAUCCUUUUUAUAUAUUAAUACAUUAUGAUUUGUACGAUUUGAAAACAAUUUACUAAAUAUAUAAUUUAAAUAUAUAUUGGUAAUUAGAAUUCAGAAAAAAAGAGUGAAAAUAAA